UCAUCAACUCGUGUUUUCUGUUAACAAACGCGUGUAUGAGUGUGUGCGUGAGUGCGUGUGCGGGUCUGUUUAAGACAAACUUUUUCAAGGAUGAUAUUUCUUGGAUAUUUCCUCUUUCUUUUUUGUGGGCUCGCGCGUGUCAUGGCAAGCUACCCGAUAUGGUGGUCUCUAGCUGUGGGCCACCAGUACUCUUCUCUGGGUUCCCAGCCCAUCCUGUGCAGCUCCAUCCCUGGCCUGGUGCCAAAACAGCUCCGCUUCUGCCGCAACUAUGUGGAAAUUAUGCCCAGCGUGGCAGAGGGUGUCAAGAUCGGCAUUCAAGAGUGCCAGCACCAAUUCCGCGGCCGCAGAUGGAACUGCACCACGAUCAAUGAUAGCCUGGCCAUCUUCGGACCAGUGCUGGACAAAGCCACUAGAGAAUCAGCAUUUGUCCAUGCAAUUGCCUCUGCGGGAGUAGCAUUCGCUGUGACUCGUGCUUGUGCUGAGGGAUCAGCUACCAGCUGCGGAUGUGACACACGACGGAAAGGUCCACCCAGCGAGGGCUGGAAGUGGGGUGGCUGCAGUGAAGAUGUGGAGUUUGGCAUCAUGGUAUCACGAGAGUUUGCUGAUGCUCGUGAGAACCGGCCAGAUGCACGCUCUGCUAUGAACCGCCACAACAAUGAAGCUGGACGUGUGUCAAUCACUGACCAUAUGUACCUGAAAUGUAAGUGUCAUGGCCUCUCAGGCAGCUGUGAGGUGAAAACCUGCUGGUGGUCGCAGCCUGACUUUCGGGUGAUUGGCGACUACAUGAAGGACAAGUAUGACAGCGCAUCGGAAAUGGUGGUGGAGAAACAUCGGGAGUCAAGGGGCUGGGUCGAGACCUUACGACCAAGGUACACCUUCUUCAAGCCCCCAACCGAAACAGAUCUUGUCUACUAUGAAACCUCGCCUAACUUCUGCGAACCCAAUUCAGAAACCGGUUCCUUUGGCACUCGUGACCGUGUCUGCAACCUGACUUCGCACGGUAUCGAUGGCUGCGACUUACUCUGUUGUGGCCGUGGCCACAACACUCGAACUGAGAAACGCAAGGAGAAAUGCCACUGUAUUUUCCACUGGUGCUGCUAUGUGAGCUGCCAGGAGUGUACGCGAGUUUAUGAUGUCCACACCUGCAAGUAAGUCACUGUGGCUAAGAAGUCACCAAACCAAAAUGAGGUUGGGCCAGACAUUUGGGGUGGCAAACACCCAAGAGCCUUGCUUGUGGACUGGGUUGGAAGGAGUUGUUUUGUGGUUUCAGUGGUAAGAUAACCACUGAAAAGGGAUGUAAACGGUGAAGUGAUUUUAGAAAGAUAGCCUUCAAAAAGAAUGCUGUAUUAACAGACAAAUAAAAGACCCAUAAAGGCUUCGAUCUCAUCCUGACUAUUGUUGGGACCCAACACGCUUUUACACAGUCCUGUUGUUUAGUUCUGGAAAGGGACUAAGCUUCUCCUAAGUCUGAUGUAUGAGGGAAUAAGGGGUGGAUCAGAUUCCUCAAGAGUCAGGCCCUUGGGACCUUGACCAAUUGUUUCUCCAAGAAAAGAAAACCUUUGAAAGGGAGAGGUUUUGUCGGCACGUGGCGGCAAACUGUUCUGAGACUGUGGAGAACUCCACAACAACAGAUUCAGUACAAACCGAAUGCCGGGGUUUGCCCUCAAGUGCCUCUGAAAUAUAGUAAUAGUAACAUUAUUAGCAAUAGCCUUAUUACUAACACCAUUAAAGAAGCUAUGUGAACUCUUUAAAUGCAAAGUACAUUCCAGUAUACCUGAAUACCAGCAAAAAUGUAAAACAACUUGCAACUUCCAAAACAACUUAACUUCCAUACACUUCAUGUUGUGUCUCUGUGUAAGACCAAACAUACAAACUAAUGUAUUAGGUUGGGUUUAAUGUAAGUUACUAACAUUAGGUUAUGAAUGCACUUGUACCUGAGUGAAUGUCCACAUGUUGCAUAUAUGUCAGUGUUUUCUUUAUCUUAUUUUAAAACACUUUCGAAAAGAACCUGAAUGAAUUAACUUGACUAACAGUUAAACUCUCACAGCAUCAGGUCAAACGGACUGAUGCAGACAUUGCUUCGUUCACCAUUCAUUAUUAGUUUCCCCAAAGAUCAAUAAUCAUUUAGGAUUAAACAAACAGACAAUUAGACAGAUGUUACAAAAAUGAAAAUGUCAGCACUUCUGUCUUUUUGAAUGGAGCAUGAUAUUCAUUUACAUUAGUUGUUUGAUAUUUUACAGACAUUAAAGGUUCACAACGAACAUACAAGAGAUUUGUGCCUUUAUUUUAUUUCUGAAACAUUAAAGGCAGGGUCCAAAAUUAACUCACACCAAGCAACACUGGUUCCACUGGUCCAGUGGAAACCAGGACGUAUUCACGUUCACAUAAAACAUGGUGUGUGCAAUUCGGAGGUUGCAUUUUCUCUCUAAAAUUACAUUUUUACUCAACUAAUGGUUAGGUUUAGGCUAGGGGUUAUGGUUAGAGGGUAGGGUUAAUAAAAUACGCAUUCCUGUUGACUGUAUUACAUAAUUUACAACUAAACAUACAACUUGCUUUUGGCACCAAAAACUAAAGCUCACUUGCCUAUUCGUUCAACAACACUUCUAGCUUUGGCCACUGGGGAGCCUUGAAUUUCAGUUAGCACAGAUCUAUUUCAGCAAUAGAGCUUUCAACCUACUGUCACCGACUUCAUCUUGUGAUCAUUCUAAACAUAGUGGCAACACAUUCCUGCUGUUAACGACCAAAAUCAAUGUUUUUGAUAGUGUUUUCAGAGAGACUGCUAGCAUAUUAUGUGUACUGUUCGCCGCAAACACAGCUACAAGGGAAGAACAUCUAAAUCCAUAUGUGUGUGUGUGUGUGUGUGUGUGUGUGUGUGUGUGUGCAGUAGUAACCAAAAAUAUUGGCACCCUUGAUAAAUAUGCACAAAAGAAGGCUGUGAAAAAAAUUCUGCGUUGUUUAGCCUUUUGAUUUUUCAUUCAAAAAAUAUAACCUUGAUUUUGUGGUCAGUGAACGAUUUUUUUAUUAAUUUUGAUGUUUGUUUUGGGUCAUUGUCCUGCUGGAAGAUUCAACCAGAGCCCAUUGUGAGCUUUCUGGCAGAGGCAGUCAGGUUUUUGAGAGUCCAUAAUGCCAUGUAUCCGAACAAGAUGUCCAGGACCUCUGGCAGAAAAACAGCCCUGCAACAUUCAAGAUGCAGCAACACAUUUAACCGUUGGCACUGAGUACUUCAUCUCUGUGUAUGCCAAUCCCAUCUCUGGUGUUUGCUGCCAAAAAUAUAUUUUUUGUUUCAUCUGACCAUAGAACCUGGUCACAUAUGACGUUCCAUUAGUGUCUGGCAAACUGAAGACCCUUCAGUUUGUUGUUGGAUGAGAGAAGAGGCUUUUUUUCUUGAAACCCUCCCAAACAACAUGUGGUGAUGUAGGUUAUGUAGGUGAUGUCCUACACCAGCCGUGAUCCUUAGAGAGUCUUUGGCCACUUCUCACCAUCUUCCUCACCUUGAGUGGAGACAAUAUAGAAACACAUCCUCUUUCAGGCCAAUUCUUAACAUCUCCAGUUGAUUGGAACUUUUAAAUUAUUGCCCUGAUGGUGGAAAUGGUUAUUUUCAAUGCUUUGGCUGUUUUCUUAUAGCCACUUCCCAUUUUGUGAAGCUCAACAACCUUUUGCCGUAUAUCAGAACUAUAUUCUUUAGCCUAACCCAUUAUGACUGAUGAUUAAGGGAAUUUGGCCUGUGUGUUACCUCAUAUUUAUACCCCUGUGAAAUAGGAAGACAUGGCUGAACAAUUUCAUGUUCCUAGUCUCCAAGAUGCACUAAAAAAUCUAAAAUAUGAAUGGGAAUAUACUUCAGAUAUAUUUUACUCAUAAGAAUUUCUAGGGCUGCCAAUAAUUGUGGCCAACGUGUUUUGGAGAAAAAUAUUUAUUUAAAAAUGAGAUAUUUCCUCUAUUUCAUUUGUUUUACUUCAAUUAACAGUUAUAUUUUUGUGAAUGUUUUGAAUCAAAGAUCAAAAUGAUUUUUUCACAGCCUUCUUUGCUCAUAUUUACGAAGGGUGCCAAUAUUUUUUGCCACUGCUAUAUAUAUAUAUAUAUAUAUAUACAUACAUAUAUAUAUAUAUACACUGGUGGCCACACUUUUGGAAUAAUGUACAGAUUCGGAAGGAAAUUGAUACUUUGACUUACCAAAGUGGCAUUCAACUGGUCACAAAAUAUAGGCAGGACAUUAUUGAUGUAAAAACAGCACCAUCACCAAUGGUCUGUGUCGAGGUAGAACCGUGAAAAGUACUUGUCCUUCAGGUCUACCGCAGCGAACCAAUCUUGAUGCCGGACGCAUGCCAAAAUGCACUUCUUCAUCAGCAUCUUGAACGGGAGUCUGUGCAAGGCCCGAUUCAGAACUUGCAGGUCCAAGAUUGGCCACAACCCACCACCUUUCUUUGGCACGAUGAAGUAAGGGCUGUAGAACCCUUUCUUCAUCUCGGCUGGAGGGACAGGCUCUAUCGCGCCCUUCUGCAGAAGGACCAUGAUUUCAGCGAGCUGGAUGGUGGCGUUCUCGACCUUCACCGAUGUGAAUUGGACGCUGCGGAACCAGGGUGGACGCCUGACAAACUGAAUCAUACAGCCGAGUCGGAUGAUCCUGGCCAACCAACGCGACAGGUUGGAAAGCGCUAGCCAUGCGUCCAAGCUAGGGGUCAUGUUCUUGCAAUGAGAACAUGAACCAUCCAGGAACGCUUCCUCAAUGUGAUUAGGACACAGUCACAUGAGGUAGCGAUCGUGGCCGUCAGAGGUGGAGAGAUAACGACCGCACCCAGAAACUACACAGAGACUGAAGUGCAUCUUUAAAAAGACAUUCAUGUCAGUGUGUUUGCUUAAUUAGAGAAAAUACACUCUUUUGCAGGAAUAUAUACUCUCUUAGUCUGUCAAAGCGCCCAGGGGCUAAUCUGCAGCGACCACACAAAGCCGCUGAAAUACACUGUGUAUCCAAAAGCAAUUCGCUUCUUAGAGGUGAAUGGACCGGCAGAGGAAUUCAGCUCGCUGAACACAACCAAUCAGCUCAGAAGAAAAAAUCUGAAUGAGUGGUUGUGAGCCUUCUCCUUUUAUACCGUAUGUCCAGGGAUUGGCAUGCAAAUUCCACUUGCCAAUUCUCAUUGGCCUUUUCUCAAAGAUCUGAGGUGUUUGGGGCUCCCAAGAGCAACCCCUAGUGUCACUACAUCGACACAAAUUAAAUUGAGUGACAGAUAGGGAAAGAGUGUUAUGGAUCUUAACCCCGUUGAGCUUUUGUGAGAUCAGCUAGACUGUAAGGUCGUGAGAAGUGCCCGACAAGACAGCCAAAUAUGGCAAGAGCUACAAGAAGCAUGGGGUGAAUUGUCACCUGAGAAUCUGGCCAAACUGACAGCUAGAAUGUCAAGGAUCUGCAAAGCUGUUAUUGCUGCACGUGGAGGAUUUUUUGAUGAGAACGCUUUGAAGUAGUUUAAGAAGUUCUGAAAAUGUUUUCAAACUAUAAUAGUAAUUUAUCAUGAUAUUAAUGUCCUGACUAUACAAUGUGAUCAGUUGAAUGCAACUUUAGUGAAUAAAAGUAGCAAUUUCUUUCCAUAAGAGCAAAAUCUGUACAUUAUUCCAAUCUUUU